AUGGAAAAAUGUUCAAAUUUACCAAAUGAUACUUUACAAAGAUUACAUCAAGAAAUUGAACAUUUAAAAGAACGUUUUGCUGAAACAAUUAUAGAACUUGAAACUCGAACAACAUUUAUUAAUAAAACAAUCAAAGAUGUAGAUGAACAACAACGUAAACAUCGUACUUAUCAAGAAUUACUUAAUAAACUUUCUUCACUUGUACAGCAUGAUUAUCAAACACCUGGCAGAUCAAUUGAAGAUGCAUUAAGAUCACUUGAUGAACAAAUGAUUAAAUUUGAAAGUCAAAAUGAAGAACGAGAACGAUGUAAACAUCAACGUGAACGUCAAUGGCAUUUAUUUAUGAAUGAAAUAAAUUUAUUACAAGAUAAAUUAAAUACAUUUAAACAACGAAAAAUUAAUACACAAGAUUCAAUUGAAGAACAACUUCAUUUUAUAUGA